CGGCCAAUCAGAGGGCUGCGUGGUGAUGUCAUGCUGCUGUGUGGUGCUGAUGCUGAGCUGCAGAUCUUCAGAGCGGAGCAGAACGUGGCAGCAGGAACAGACUCUACCUCACCACAGUGUCUUUGACGGAGAGCAGCACCAGGAUGACUCUUCAAGCCUACAGGGAGAAGAUGCGAGAGCUCCCCCUGGUUUCCCUCUUCUGCUCCUGCAUCCUUCCUCAACCCAGGGAGACGCCGGCCGACACGAAGGAAGGCGUCGUGGACCUGAACCUGUGCAGCAUCCGGGACAUGGAGGUGAUCGAGCUGAGUAAGCGGGCGAGCGGCCAGGCCUUCGAGGUCAUCCUGAAGCCGCCCACCUUCGACGGGGCCCCCGAGCUGAGGGCCACCACGCCACCUCGCCAGAAACCUUCGCUGGAGGAGAUCCAGAAGAAACUGGACGCCGCUCAGGAGAGGAGGAAGUGUCAGGAGGCGGAGCUGCUGAAGCACCUGGCUGAACGGAGGGAGCACGAGAGGGAGGUGGCUCAGAAAGCUUUGACCAAAGAACGUCAGGAGCACCGAGCCGACGCCGACAAGGAGCAGCGACGGAUGCACCUGAACACAUCACUGCAGGAGGAGGAAAAGCACAGUGUGGAGGUGUCCUGAUGGCCUGAUCACAACACAAGCUGAACUUUAUUUGGAGCCAUUGUGGAGGUCUGAUGAGCUGAUUGAUGCGCUGGGAACUCGGCACUGCUCCGACUGGGAGACUGAAAGGAAGUGACUCUGAAAAGAGAGAAGAAGAAGAGGAGGAGGAGGAGGAGGAGGAGGAGGUGGGGGAGGACUUCCGUGGUGUCCGUCCUCUUCACCUGUCUGUACAACCAGGACUCUUUCAUUGAGACGAACUCUUUGUAAUGAGGAUGCAGCAGAUUCGUCAUCAUUAGGUGGUUUGCAGGAGUUUUACUGUGCUUUGUUGCCAUGCCAACAGUGCCAAUGUGUUUGUGUGUGCGAUUGUGUAAAACCACCCAAAUCUGAACCCGACCCCCCGGAGGAUGCAGCAGUAUUCACCCGAGACCCUGAAUGAGACGGUGACCUCUGGUUUAAACCACAAAGCUCUUUACUGACAUCUGGUGGCAGGAGCAGGAACCGCUGGUUUAAUUUAUCCAUUAAACUGAGAGCGACAAACCAAGUGCACGAAAAGUCUGUAAAAACUGGAGACGUCUCACUGGCAACAAGACGCCAAUAAAACCACAACCAGAGUACGUCCAAAUAUUUCUGAAGACAAGUCUGAGUCAGGAAGUCAGAGACUGAAUAAAAUCAGCCAGAGACACAAGUUCAGAUGAGUUCAGAGACCGACACCAGCCGGGGACAUGUGAGACAUGUGUCCACGUCAAAACCAAGAGACCCCAACAAUAACCAACACAGAACACGUUCAGUGACGUCUGCGUCAAGUCUGUUUAGAAUCAGAUCCAGACCAAACCAGAACAUUACUGCCCCAAACACCAACCGACCAGAUCUGGAUCAAUCAAAACCCCAACGAGACACGACAAUGUGAUUCAAAUUAUAUGGAACCAAGUCUGGAAACUCCCCGAGCAGAUAAAAAGAGAUGAAACGGGAGCCGACUGAGUCCAGCUCAUAGUGAACAUGUGAUUUUGUUUCCUGAAUGAGGCACAACAAACAGCUAGCUCGCUCCCCAGGCUAACAUUAGCUCGCAGGGUUAAGGUAUGAAUGGAUGAAUGAGCGAGUGAAUGAAUGAGUGCACAGUGUUUACAGCUGCUUCUCUCUGGCCGCCUCAUAGUGAAGGGUCAGGACGUGACGAUGAUGACGAUGUUGUACAGAAAUCACAUUAUAUUUUAAAUUCACAAAUAAAACAUUCACAGUUUA